AGCUCCCCAACCUCAAGCUGUUCCCAGCCCCAGGCGAAGGGCAAGAGAUACCCUCCCUCGGUCGGACCUCAGCCGCUUUGCGCGCUGCCUUGUUCUGUUACCUGUUUACCAUUUCCCAGGAGUCCCUCGCGAAGCGACGCGCUUCACCAAGUGUCCAUCCAAACAAGUCGAUUGACCGCGCACAGUCGCGCGCAUUCCCCCGACCGACCUCCGCACACAAGCACCAACAAUGUCCCUCUUCGGCGACGACGACGGCGACACGCUCCCUUCCUCCCGCCCCAAACCCUCCGCCUCCCUCUUCGACGAUGAUGACCACCACCGUCCCGCCAGCACCAGCCUCUUCGCCGACCACGACGACGCCGACGACGCCCACUCCUCGCCCUGGGGAAUCCCGACGCCCCGGAAAGCAGGGACGCGGAGCUCGCUCAUCAGGAACUUGCUCCCCGCGUCCGAGGUUCCGGAAGCGUAUGUCGAUGCGUUCGAUGAGCUGGUCGCCGAGGAAGGGGGUGUGAGCAUUGAGGUGGUUAGGAGGAGGGUGUUUGGGGAGAGUGGGUUGGAUGGUGCGGUGUUGGGACGGAUUGAGGAGGUUGUUGGGUUGGGUGGGGAGGGGAUGGAGAGGGAUGGGCUUGGGAGGGGCGGGUUUUUCGUCGUGUUGGCGCUCGUGGGGUUGGGUCAGGAGGGGGAGGAGGUUUCGUUGGAUGGGGUGGAUGAGAGGAGGAAGGAUUUGCCCGUGCCGUCGCUGCCGCUUUUGGAGAGGAGCGCACAUCUUCAAGCGAAGGUUGCGGAACCCGAACAAACGGAGCAUACCAUCCAGCGUCCGUCUUCCCCGCCAACGCCGCAACGACAACAGCAGCAACAUACCACUCCUAGUACGAGUCAGCAGCCGUCGACACCAAGUCGGUCGCGUGCGCCUAUGCGGAAACAGUCCUUUGGGGACCCCGAGGCCGAUCCCUGGGCGAGUCCCGAUCUGCAUAGAGGACACGAUCAUUCGAGCUAUACAUCUGUACCCACACAGACGAACGGCAUGCGUGGUCCAGCGACUGCGGCGAGAACGACCAGUCAAUUCACAACGCAUGAGGAGCAGCCAAAUCGGACCCCUGCCGCUGAGACUGGCGUAUCGAGGCCGAGCACGCUGAGCAGCGAGGGAGGAUGGGGAAGUUUCAAUCCCUCCGCGGACGCCCGAUUCUCCUCCGCCGCACCCUUCGGCGAGCCCGCACCUGCUUCCCCGAAUGUCCCCGGGCUAGGCCGUUCCCUAGGAAUAGGAGGCAGUACCCCGAUCGUUCCCCACGGUGCCGAAGAGACCGUCACUGUGACGACGAUUGCGGAGAAGGAGGGGAUAUUCAUGUUCCAGCACCGGAAUUACGAAGUCGCGUCCGCGAGGCGGAAUGUGAAAGUGAUAAGGCGGUAUAGCGAUUUUGUGUGGUUGUUGGAUUGCUUGCAUAAGAAGUAUCCGUUUAGACAGUUACCGCUCUUGCCGCCAAAGAGAGUUGCCAUCAAUGGUAAUUACCUAGCGACGGAUGCGAGUUUUGUAGAGAAACGGAGGAGAGGGCUGGCGAGGUUUGUGAAUGCACUGGUUAGACAUCCCGUGUUGAGCCAGGAGCAGUUGGUGGUAAUGUUUCUGACGGUGCCAACGGAACUCGCCGUGUGGCGCAAGCAAGCCAGCAUCAGCAUCCAGGAGGAAUUCACCGGCAAAUCCCUCCCUCCAGACCUAGAAGACUCGCUCCCCAAGACCCUCCCCGAGCUCUUCGACACGGUCCGCGCCGGCAUCCGCCGCUCCGCCGAAGUCUACAUCAACCUGUGCAACAUGGUGGAGCGCCUGAGUCGCCGGAACGAAGGCAUGGCAGCAGAAUAUCUCCGCAUCUCCACCGCCCUGCGCACCUUGACCCAAGCCUCCCGCGACACGUACGCGUGCGAUACGUCCGAUGUGCCGGCCCUGAAUAGUGGGUUGUUAUCCACAGCCAAGCAUUUGGAGCAGUCUCGCGCGCUGCUGGAGGACGAGGCCAAGGGGUGGGAGGAGGGCGUGUUGGAGGAUCUGAAGAGGCAGAGGGAUUCGCUAGUGAGUAUGCGGGAUCUGUUCGAUAGGAGGGAUAAGUAUGCGAGGGACAAUAUACCCGCGUUGGAGAAGAGGAUCAAGAAUAACGAGGCGAAGUUGGAGGCUAUUCGGAAUAGGCCCGAGGGAGUGGGGAAGCCGGGCGAGGCGGAGAAGGUGGAGGAGGCGAUUUUGCGGGAUAAAGAGUCCAUUGUGCAACAGCACGCGCGGGGCGUCUUCAUAAAGGAGUGCAUACGCGACGAGCUGCUCUUCUUCCAGCAGAGCCAGUACCAUGUCAGUCGACUGCAUCAGGACUGGGCGCAGGAGAGGGUCAAGUAUGCCGAGUUGCAGGCGGAUAAUUGGAGGGCGCUGAGUGAGGAGGUGGAGGGGAUGCCGACGGCGGAUUAG